AUGAAUUUUAUAUUGUUUCUCUUUUUACCCGGGGUUUUCUCCUCACAGACUAGCGACUUUACUCCCAAAAGUGAAGAGCCUGAUAUGAUGAUGCCUGUAGCUGAAGAAGAUAAUAAAGAGGAACUAGCAAAUGAGGAUAAUACUCCUGCUAAUGAGAAAAGUGGCAAUUAUUAUAAAGAUAUAAAACAAUAUGUGUUCACGACGCAAAAUCCCAAUGGCACCCACUCUGAAAUAUCCGUGAGAGCAACAACCGAUCUGAAUUUUGCUUUUAAAAACUAAUCCACCCAGGGUCAAAAUGAGCCUGAAUUUUGGACAAAUUUAGCGAAAGCUCUAAAUGCAACAACCAGUGAGGAAAAUGAUGGAAAAAAUGAAUUAUUUCAACCAAUUCCAAGCUCUGAUGUGAAUGCUACAAAUGAAGACAAACUGGCAGAGCUACAGGAAGUCAAGUUAAAAUUAAUGCUGAGCAUCUCACUGCUGACCCUCUUCCUCCUCGUCACCCUCUUGGCAAUCGGUAGUGCCAUGUUGUACAAAGUGAAGUUGCAGAAUUACAAUAAGACAUCUCAGAGUGAAUACUCUGUCAACCCAGAACUGGCAGCUCUGUCUUACUUCCAUCCAUCAGAGGGCGUAUCAGACACAUCUUUUUCUAAGAGCGCUGAGAGCAGCACAUUUUUGGGGACUCCUUCUUCAGAAAUGAGGCAAUCAGACACAGUGUCAAAAACUAGAACAACGGACGUUGUUUCCACAGCCUCAGAUGAUACAGGCAUGAAUGAUGAGCCAGACGUAAUUCAGAAUGAGGAACUAAAGGAGGAAAUCCCCAUGGAUGAAUAG